AGGGUCCCCCUGUCUUAUGUGCCCCAGGCACCCCUAAGGCUUCAUCCGGCCCUGGCUACAAUUGAAUAGCUACGUUUGGGCACCAUCUGGUGGCUGACAGUGGGAAAAGACAUGAAUCUCGUCCCCUGUGUUGCAGGCGAGGAAAUUACUGCAUAUAAAUCAAGCGGAAGAACAGGAAAAGCCAUAUAAUGUGGAACAGCUGAAACUGAGUCUCCGAGUCUACAGAAAUAUCCCGGCAAGUUUUCUGCAGCUGUGUACUGUGCAGCAUUUAAGUAAAGAACACUAACACCAUGAAUAUCACAGAUCCAGUCCCAAUACUUCUAUCAAUUCUUCUAUGUCUUUUUGUGGCAAUUCUUAUUUAUGGACGCAAGAGAAACAUUUAUCACAAUUUUCCUCCUGGACCUAAACCUUUACCAAUAAUCGGAAACCUGCACAUUUUUGAUAUGAGGAAACCUUAUAAAACAUUCAACCAGCUUUCUGAGAAGUACGGCUCAGUGUACAGUGUGCAACUAGGAGAGGAGAAAAUGGUCGUCCUGACCGGAUAUGAGACGGUGAAAGAUGCCCUGGUAAACCACGCGGAUGAGUUUUCUGGAAGAUCAAAAGUUCCACUUUUCCAAGAUGUACUUAAAGGACAUGGAGUUAUUUUCUCUAAUGAUGAGAACUGGAAGGUGAUGAGACGGUUCACUCUCUCAACUCUACGAGAUUUUGGGAUGGGCAAGCAAACCAUUGAAAACAGAAUUACUGAAGAGAGUGAAUAUUUAGUGAAAAAGAUCAACUCCUACCAAGGCAAACCAUUUGAUAAUACCAAGGUUUUAAAUGCUGCUGUUGUAAACAUAAUCGUGUCCAUAUUACUGAGCCAUCGAUUUGAUUAUGAAGAUCCAAAACUUUUGAGGCUGAUGAAAGUUGUCAAUGAUAAUUUAAAAAUAGCUGGUAGCCCGACGGCCAUGCUGUACAACGCCUUUCCAUCUGUGAUGCGCUGGUUUCCUGGAUUUCUCAAAACAAUUACUGACAAUUUGAAUGAAAUGCACAGCUUCGUAAGAGAAACCUUCACCACCCAGAAGAAACAGUUGGAUGUUAAUGACCAGAGGAAUCUUAUCGACAGGUUCCUGGUGAAACAACAGGAGGAAAAACCCAGUCCUGAAUUUUAUUUCACCAAUGACAAUCUCAUAGCACUUGUGGCCGACCUCUUCAUUGCUGGAAUGGAGACAACGUCCACCACUCUGAGAUGGGGUCUUCUAUUGAUGAUGAAAUAUCCUGAAAUCCAAAGAAAAGUCCAAAAUGAGAUUGAUAAAGUUAUUGGUACAUCGGAGCCUCAGGCCGCUCACCGUAAGGAAAUGCCCUAUACUGACGCUGUUAUUCAUGAAGUUCAGAGGUUUGGAAAUAUAGUUCCGAAUAAUCUCCCGCAUGCUACUACUCAGGACGUCACAUUCCGAGGGUAUUUUCUACCAAAGGGCACAACGGUAAUCCCACUGCUGACGUCAGUGCUGUAUGACAAGGAUCACUUUCAAAAGGCAGAAGAGUUUUAUCCGGAACAUUUUCUGGAUGCCGGUGGCAAUUUUGUGAAGAAUGCAGCGUUCAUGCCUUUCUCAGCUGGUAGGAGAAGUUGUGCAGGUGAGAACUUGGCCAAAAUGGAGCUCUUCAUGUACUUCACGAAGCUGCUGCAGAACUUCACCUUCCAUGCUCCUUCGGGGGCCACACUGGACUUGACCCCUUCAACUGGGCUUACAAGCUCUCCUUUGAGUCACAUGAUUUGUGCUGUGCCUCGUACAUAAAAAUGAGUUGCAAUAUACACUAAGCGUGGUCGAAACUAGGAUUUUUGGCACCCGGGGGCAAGGCAGUAAUUUUACGUCCCACAGACACACACACAGACACACACACAGACACACACACAGACACGCACACACAGACACGCACACACAGACACGCACACACAGACACGCACACACAGACGCACACACAGACGCACACACAGACGCACACACAGACGCACACACAGACGCACACACAGACGCGCACACACAGACGCGCACACACAGACGCGCACACACAGACGCGCACACACAGACGCGCACACACAGACGCGCACACACAGACGCGCACACACAGACGCGCACACACAGACGCGCACACACAGACGCGCACACACAGACGCGCACACACAGACGCGCACACACAGACGCGCACACACAGACGCGCACACACAGACGCGCACACACAGACGCGCACACACAGACGCGCACACACAGACGCGCACACACAGACGCGCACACACAGACGCGCACACACAGACGCGCACACACAGACGCACACACACAGACGCACACACACAGACGCACACACACAGACGCACACACACAGACGCACACACACAGACGCACACACACAGACGCACACACACAGACGCACACACACAGACGCACACACACAGACGCACACACACAGACGCACACACACAGACGCACUUUGGAACCAUGUCAAAAACAAAGUAAUUAACAGUUGGCAAACCAGCACUGUCAGGGUGUUCGGGGUUGGGGGUGGGAGGACUCUGACUGGCCAACUGCUGUAGGACUACAAAUCCCAUUAUGCUAAACAGGACCUAGGACCAAUGUGGGUUAUCCUGGCUGCAGAGAUGAGUCCCUAGGACUGGCUGGUAUUAUAUACCUGAUAUAAUCCAUACAAUCACUGUAUCACAAACACUGGGGGGGAAGACUCCAAUUGGCCAACUGCUGUAGGACUACAAAGCCCUGCAUACAAGUCUUGACCUAGGACCACACUUUGGGAGGCAGCAGCUGUCCUGGUAUAUAGAGGCCUCACCUCAGUGCCCAGACUAAUUAUCGGCUGCUGCUGCUUCCUCUCAUACUGUCCUCCUCUGGUGGAGCUGCCGUGCAGAAAGCGCAGGCCCUGAGGAACAGGGCCGGGGGCAGACAUAAUUUACAAAGGCACAAGAGUGUGUGAAUGGCCAUCCCCGCCCCAUUCAUAAGCGUUUUAGUUGCCGUCUGGGGUUGGUAUUCCAGGAAUCCACAUUGGUGGUACUGGAGAGCGGGGACUUGCAGCGAGGGUUCUGGUUAGAAGGUAGCCCAUUCGGUCCCUGUCCUCCUCUUGUGGAGCUGCAUGCAAGGGAGGUGCUGGGGAGCAGGCCUGUGGGCAGACAUAGCUUACACAGGCCCAGGAAUGUGUGAGCAGCCAUGGACCAAUGCUUGUGAAAUGAAAGGGGGCAGCUGGAGAGACCUUGGUCAUCACCCCUGCCCCAUUCAUUAGCGUUCUAGUUGCUGGGGAGGGUGGAGGUUCAUUGGUGGUGCUGGGGAGUGGGUAGUUUCAAUGAGGGUUCUUGGACCUGGCAGAAGGUAGCGCCUUAUGGCUUAGAGCAGUGUUUCCCAACCACGGUCCUCAAGGCACACUAACAGUCCUGGUUUUAGUGAUAUCCAGGCUUGAACACAGGUGACUUAAUUAGUACCUCAGUUAUUUUGAUUUAAUGAUGUGUGCUGAAGCCUGGAUAUCACUAAAACCUGCACUGUUGGUGUGCCUUGAGGACCGCGGUUGGGAAUGCCUGGCUUAGAGGAAGGAGAGGAGGCAGAGUACCCAUCUAGUACUCAUCUCUGCACCAUCUCAGAUUCUGCACCUGGGGCACAUGCCCCCUUAGGCCCCCCUCCCAAUUGCGGCCAUGCACUAAGAAAACUAUUUAAUAUUUUCCUUGCUAGAUUUAUGGGGAGAGAGUAAAGAAAAUAAUAUGCUACGUGAGAUGGGGUUGGGAGCCCUUUUCAAGCACUACCUAUGCAAGGUAGUAAAGUGUUGAGUAACCAUUGCCUAUCUGUAUUUUUACGAUCAAGGAUCAGUCACAGUAUCCACCAAGCACUGUACGUCAUAUUAGUAUAGUUAUUAGAGAUGAGCGGGUUCGGUUCUCUGAGAACUGAACCUUACCAAACUUCAUUACCCGAGCCCAGAUCUGAGUCCGGCUCGGAUUUUCCCGCCUGACUCGGAAACCAGAACGAGGCACAACGUCAUCAUCCCACUGUCGGAUUCUCGCAGGGUCUAGAUACCAUAUAAGGAGCCACGUGUCGCCACCAUUUUCACUUCAGUCCUGGAGAGUGUAGUGAGAGGACGUGUCUCCAUCCUCAGUAUCUUUGCAUACGGGAAAGUGGGGUGGCGAUUAUAAUGCUGUCUUGUGCUGCUCAGUCCAGUGUAGUGUCUUAGCUUCAUCAGUCAGUCUAGUGACCAGUCACAGUGGUGGUGUCCUCUGCUGCCAUAUGUCCAGUGCUGCUGUAUAAUAAGUCCCUUACAGUGUUGCUGUGUUGUCCUGCAUCAGACCAGUGGUAGUGUCUUAGCUUCAUCAGUCAGUCUAGUGACCAGUCACAGUGGUGGUGUCCUCUGCUGCCAUAUGUCCAGUGCUGCUGUAUAAUAAGUCCCUUACAGUCAGAGCUGGAUUAAGGCUUUGGGGGGCCCGUGGUACUUAAAACAGGGGGUCCCUAAGGUCUAAAAUUAUAUAUAUAUAUAUAUAUAUAUAUAUAUAUAUAUAUAGUCACAAUACCGACCCCGACAUCCUGCCCCGCUCACAAUGCCGACAGUCGGCAUGCCGACUAACAGGGACUAUUCUGAACCUGCUGUGUGGUGAGCGCAGCGAGCCCAUAAGGGGCUUAGUUGUGCUCCCCCGCCCCCACCAGCAUUCUGCUGACCACCGGUAUCCCAAUACCAACCCUUUAUAUAUACAUGGUCGAGUCACAUUAUUAUGACCACCUCCUGCUGGCAAAAUCAACGCGUUUCGGCCUUAGCCUUCUACAGGAUUCCCACUGAUGAAAGCUAAGGCUGAAACGUGUUUGAGGAGAGACACAGGCAAAGUGACCUCUAUGUUACAGUGCUUAGCAGUGGAGAAUCAGAAGUCCGAAGCUGGGAACCAGGAGCCGGAAGUUGAGCGCAAGAGACGCAGGCUGUGCAAAGAGCCGGAUGUGUGUCGGGAGAAGCCCACUGCCACUGCAACAAAUGACGGAGGCUAACCCACUGUGCCCAGGAGGACUAACCACCAUUGUGAUAUUCCCAUUUUAACCUUCUAUGUGUACAUGCAAAACUGAAGUAAAGCCGUAUGUGUUUUAAAAUA